AUGCAUUCCUUCCCCAGUGCUGUCUUUCUCUUCUCGUUGCUCUCGCUUUCUGUUCUUGAAGCGAGCGCGACUUCAGACUGCACCAGAAUUCCCUAUGCCUUAUUCGCUCCGCUGUCCAAGCACAAACCUGCUCAGUCAUUUUGCACGUCCAAGUACCCACUUCCGCGUCCGACAUGUCUCGUUACGACGACUAUCCCAUCAACAACUACGAUCCUAGUCACGACGAGUGUUGCACCAGUCACCAACACAAUAACGGUGACUACAAAUGAGCAAACCACAGUUCUUGCCACUGAUACAGUUACCCCUACGCCGACGACUGUAACGGAAACACCCACCGAGACAGCAACAACAACAGCAUGUCCCGUAGCAGCCUUGCAGAAGCGCACCAUUGACGGGGACAAACUUGCGCCCAUCUUCAGCUCUCUCCAGAAACAAGCAGCGUCCUUUGUCAAGACACUGUGCUCUUGCAUCGAGACAACACCCGGCUGCAGCACCUCCACAAUCACCUCUCGCCCGACAGUACCUGUUACUAGAACAUCCACCAUCACAUACGUCCCUACAGUGACCGCCACCGUCACGCAAACUCCGGUCAUCGUCACCCGCAUCACCAUCACACUAGACCGAGUCAUCUCCACUACAACAACUACUACCACUACAACAUCUACCUCUUCAGUCUGUGCCCCGCCCCCAGCGCAGACCACAUGCCCUGGAGGAAUCCGACCAGAUAAAUGUAACGUAAGCUUCUAUUGCGAUUCAGCAGAAACCUGCGCUUGCCUUGCCACGACCGAAGGUACCGCGGUCGGAUGCACUGAUGUUUCCCCAUUCGAUAUAUCUUGCUCAGAAACGGUGCCGUGUACGAGCAGUGCGCAAUGUGGUGCUGACCGGAAGUGUGUAACGAAUUUGUGCUGCAACGACGGGCAAUGUGUUACGAUCAAUACCUCGACUUGUGCGAAUGGGCAGGCGGUCUCUAGAUUGUUUAGAUUUGUGCGUAGAAGAGGUGAGAAGAAAGAAGGAUGGAACCUUCCUUGGUCGGUGGAUGAGUAG